GGCGUGGGCUGCAGCUGCGGCACCGGCAGCGCUCCCGUUGCCCCCAGGCUGUGCCGUCCCAGCAGAUCGUUGCCGGAGGAGUCGGGGCUCUGCAGGGGUCGAGCACGGCACGGCGGAACCGGCGCAUUGCAGCCGUGGGACGGGGGCAGCGAGGCCCGGGUUCGGCCCGGUUCCGGGUGCGCGUGCAGCUCUGUGCUCGCCCUGCCCUGCCGCUCCUCCUCACCUCCUCCGUGCUGAGCUCACCCAGAGCCCUUCCCCACCCCGGGAAGCUGAGCGGGAUGCAGGCGGCCGGGCUCUCUCCGGGCUGUUUUUGUGCCCCCAGCUGCUGUGGCAGAACAUGGGGCCGUGAAGGAGCAAGGAGGCUGUGCUGGGCGGAGGUGGCCAGAGGGGUGGGUGCGGGAGCUGGGCUGGAGGGGCAGAAGGACGGGGGAGCUCCCCCUGUCACCGCAUCGGAGGGUGACGCGGCGCCUGGCGUGGCUGCAGAGCGGCGGGGACGAGGACAAGGCCGAGGCGGUGGCUCAGUCCCGCAGGAAUGCCCUUCGCAGCGUCAGCCCGUCUCCUGGGGGCAGCAUUUCCCCCCGCCCCACUCCCGCACUUCCUGCUUCACCCGUCGGGGACCACAGAGCGCAGCCGGAGCUCAUCCGUCCGCCUCCCCAUCCCCGCGGGGUUGGUUGGCACCGCCGGGCCUCUCCCGCUGCCACCCGCCAGAGGGCAACAGGCGGGACGGGACGGACGGGGCACUGCCGGGACUGAGGGCGCUGCGGGCGCAGGGAGGGCCCGGGGCCGGGUUCGGUACCUCUGCCCCAGCAGCACCCCCUCUCCCGGCUCCCGGCCGGACCCCAGCGCCAGCACCCGGCGAACAGCACUCGGAGAGCAGCACACAGGGACUCUCCCGGGCCGAGGGCUUCGCCCCGUUGCCCAUCACCGCAGCCCUCCGGAUGCGCGCUCCUUUCUGCCCGGCUCCCACGGCUCCCGGAAGACAGCUGUUGUUUUGCUCGGCCCCGAUCCUGGCACGGGACAGAGCAGGAAGCGGGGCCGCAUCGCUGCUGCACGAGGCUUGGCCGGGACGCGGGGCUGAGCUCGGUGGGACAGGCCUGGAGCCAACCCCGCUUCCCCGCCCCGCUCCUUUCUGCCUUCCGCCCCAGCUCGCCCAGCCCGGCCCCUGCAGGCGUACAGCUCAGAGCAGGGGCUCAGCCCCGAGCCGCCCCAGGAGCUGCGGAGUUCAGCACGACAGAUGCACGAACCUCCCCGUCCCGUCCCUCAACCCCCGCACGGCAGAGCUGUCACGAAGCAGAAGGACGGAGCGGGGCAUCCAUCUCCUAUCUCCCAGCGCCGCGGCAGCAGAGCCCACCCCCUCCCGGCAGCGCCAUCCCUGUGACAGCGCCCGGCUGAGCUCCCCGUGCCAAGCAGGGGGGACGCGGGGACACGGCCGAGCAGAUGGGCGCCGCGAAGUUCGCGGAUAACUUUGGGAAGUUUCCACCUCUCAGCACGCUGCCAGCCUGGCGCCCGGAGCCGCUUCCAUCCCGCUCGCAGGGAGCAGCUGUCGGUGAGAUCUCCUCCCUCCAUCUGUGCCGCUCAUACGGCCCGGCUGCCGGAGUUUGGAUGGGAAUCAAUCACCACUUCUAACCUCACCGCACGCAGCUCCAUCCCGGCUCCGCUCCAUCCAUCACCGGAGCUCGGCCGCAGCGCGCGUUUAUCCCCCUGAGCUCAUUAAGAUGAGCUCCGCGCCGCAGCAGAGCUGAGACACCGGUGAUGCUGCUUAAUGAACAAACAUCUUAAUUACCAGGAGCUGCUGCCUCCUGGCAGAGCAGACAUGCAGCCAGGAUGGGGUGGGCAUGCAGACGACCCAGCGCCAUACCCAAUGUGAGGGCGAUGCCCAUCCGACCCAACGGGACCCACAAUCCCCCCAGGCCGACAAAGAAGAGGCUCACGACGGCCCGGGGCUGGGGGGGUUAUUUUAUUCUUUGCUUUGGUCUAUACAAAAACAACUUAUAGAAAUAAUAAAAUCUUCCCUUCCGGACCCACACUGCAGUCCGUCCACUUCCAGGCGGAGCGUUAAACCAUCAGAUCCAGAGCCUCUUCAGAAAAGUCAUCAGGGAAGGAAAGGGGACGGAAACACCACUCACCAAAAGAAGGGGAAAGGGUUAAAAUGUGCAACAGAGAUCGGUACAA